AUGGAUUCUCUGCCAACUUACUCUUCAACUGCUACGCCAAACAACGAGGUAAAUAAGCAGAACAGCUGUUUCUCGACGCACUUCUUCGCUCAUCCAUCAGCGUGUUCUUUCUUCUCUUUUUUCAGCAGACAUUUGGCGUUUCGUCAGAGUUGGCUCGUCUUUUGGGAUGCGAUCGGACGGAAGCGGCGCUCGUUUGGGAGGGAAUCAAGGCGUUGCGGACGGAGCAGGAAGUGCAGAAGCGUUUGGAGGAGGUGAUGGAUACUGUAGUUGCUCCGACCGCAGAGAUUUCAGACUGGAAUCUGGAAGCCGGAGUCUGGUCAUCGGCCACUUCUCGACGUGCUCCAGCUCGUUCAGAGGAACUCCACCUGCAUGACAAACUCUUGA